CGGGUCCCAAUGGGAAGCACGUGUCCGCUGGAUGUUUGUUGAUUGCGACCUGUCAUUGACAGCCCGAAAAGUGCACUCCACUGCGGCGCCUUUGCCUUUCUACCCUCACCACCAACUCCACGCAUGGCUCUCACCCUCCAUUAUCCAUCAUCUGCGCUCGCUCAUCCUCAUCCCCCCGUCAUGCCAUCGCGUAAACGUGUACGACGCAACGCUACAUCCGUCAUGGCAGGCGAUUUCGACGCCAGGCCUCCGCGCGACGUUCUAACGAGUCUCCUCAACGGCGUCGCGCCUUACACGCCCAUGUACCGUAUCGACGAUGACGAGGUACGGAGACAGAGGAAGAAAGAGAAGAAGGAGAGAGAACGCGAGAGGAAACGAGAAAGGCUCGUGGCUAUGAACCUGGGUCUCCACGCCGAACGAUUGGAUGUGGAGGACGUCAGCGAUGUUGUCGACGCGUCGCGACCCAUGUCGAUCUCAGCGCCGCUACCAGUCCCGUCGACGUCAUCAUCGACCCUGCCAGCCAAUUGGAGCGCACGACCUGCCAUUCACAUUGCCACCAUGUAUCGAUCCAUGUCUGUCACCCCACCACCCUUCAGCUCUCCCAAUGCUAUGCUCCCUUCGACGCCUGCAUCGACGCCCGGUCCUUCUGAAUCGUCCAGCACGUCGCGAACCUCUUCAAAGCGACCACGCACCCCGAACGAUGAUGAGGAGAUAGUGGUGCACAAGCAACGAAAGCAACGUGCCGCUGUGCGCAAAGGAUGGAAGGGAUGGGUUGAGGGCUCGCCUCCACCCUCGGAGAAACUCAUCAAUCUGGAUGUCGUACCCGUCUUGCAGGAGCGGAGAACCAGAAGUGGCAAGAACUUCGAUGCCAUUGGCGUUGGCAAGGACGGAUGGAUCUAAUUCUUACGUAUGUGUGUGCUCAACGGCUGCUUCGUUGGCCACCCACAUCGCUGAAACAUCCUCCACGAUGUCCUUGCGGGUCUGUCUGUAUGAUCCUUUUGCUAGAUGCUGAUUCAUCUCAGUCUGCUAUGUCGCAUGCCUUUCUUUGCACCCCUGCUUUCUUAUCCCAUUCUACUAUCCACCCACUACCCAAUCUCUUGCCAAUGUAUUUUGCUCGUGCGUCAGUCUCGGCCACGAUAUGUAGAAGCCGUUUACGAAGGCUACAUGAUGAGAAGCAGGAGUUCAUAAUCUAUACUACUCAUCUGUACAAGGACGGGACAAUCUAGGAAUCUAAAUUGAACGAUUCUGUAAGUCGGUUUGAAUCCCAGGUAGCCGGUAAGCAUUCGCGUAUACAUGAAAGGUUCCGACGUUUAGCCUGUCACCCGAGCCUGACUUCAGAUUGGCAUGAGAGGCGGUAGCUCGCUGCGGUACUACGCUUCCCUCAAGUGGGGCUUACGCGACUGCGGCGCAGCCUUCGGUCGCCAUUGGCGCCAGUGCUCACUGCCUUGAUCCCCUGCGAAUGAGAUCGCGAAGACAUCUUACAUACUCUGAUCGGACGCUCAUGUCCAACAGCGUCAAACAGCUCGCCUGAUCUCCGAACCUUUUGACAUUGCCCCUCCCGGACGAAAGGCGAGGAGGAUAUCCCUGAGGUCACUGCCGCUCUCUCUCUCUCAUCGCCACCGCAUGACCUGAGAGCAUGUUGGGUCCUAUUAUACCCCCACUUCUGCCCACGCCGUCCUCAUGGUUCCCGGGUCAUAUGGCCAAGUUUACGCGCCUUCUUCCAUCCCUUCUUGCGCAAACGAACGUCGUCCUUGAAGUCCGGGACUCCCGGCUACCGCUGACGAGUGUGAACCCUGCGUUCGAAGAGGUCCUGAAACGAUGGCGACUCGAGCGCGGCUGGGACCCACAAGACCCGACUAGACGGAUUGCGGACAGCGUCGGCUGUGAGCGCAUAGUGGUGUUCAGCAAAAGGGACUUGGUUCCGGACUGGGGGAUGGAGCCGUUCCGCAGAGCCAUGCAGAGUCGAUUUCCAGAUCAGAAGUUCAUGUUUGCAUCUUUCAACCGCGGAAGAGAUAUCCGUAAAUUGAGCGAUACUCUGGUCGAAAUCGCGAAACGUUAUCCAUACGCGAUGGAAUUAAAUGUCCUCGUGGUAGGCAUGCCGAAUGUUGGAAAAUCAACCCUCUUAAAUUCGUUGAGGAAUGCGGGAAUUAAAGGGCGAACGCCCAAAGCUCUCCAGACGUCUUCAAAUCCAGGGCACACUCGCGCCAUAUCGACGCGUUUGAAGCUUUCGCUUGAUCCGCUCGUUUACGCUUACGACUCACCCGGUGUGAUGCUUCCGUUCUUGGGACAAGGUGAAAGAGGGGCGGAACGUGGAGUCAAGCUGGCUUUGAUAGCUCCCGCGUAUUUGUCCCUUCUUUCCCCCGAUGCCCGUGCUACAAAUUCGAUCGAGGACUUCUUGGAGAGUCUCGGUCAGCGAUUGCGUAUGAUCGGGCGCGGCGGGGAAGUGGACCGACGGAGGGCCGCCGUAUUUUUCGUGAAAUGGUGGCGAGACGAGGGUGGGCUCGCCAUCUCUGAUGCGGCACCGCCGGGGUUGCAGUUCGGCUCGUCCGUUUCAAAUCGUUUGAAAGAACCGAGCAGACGAGCCAAAGCGCUUGCCAAUCCCAACCUAGACGCUGAUUCAUCCAUCGCUGCCGUCGAUCUAUCGUCCCCGGGGCUUCUUCCAGAGAGGCUCAGCGACGAAACAGAAUUGCCAUUGGAACGAGGCGAAUUGAUUCCUGCUAACACGACACACGGCUGGGGUUUCGACCUCGAAUGGGAUUUGUCCCGAACCGAACUCGAACACGCCCGACGGCAGAAACACGUGCCACAGCUGCUGCAAAGCAAGAUGGAGAUGUCUAUCGAUCGCCAUCUGGAAGAUCUGAUGGUGGAGGACGAGUACGAAAUCAAUCUGAGCGAUACGCAGCGGAAGAAGCGCAUCGUUUUGCAGGAGAAGGAGAGGAGGAAAGCCAAGUAUGCUGAAAUCACGCGUGCUAGGGCGAAAAUUGCGCGCGCAGCGAUCAGAUAGUCCCGGCCAUGGAUUUUGAUUACUAGUUUGCGCAAGGGAUAAUUCGGUACCAAGUGCUGAAGAUUGCACAAUCCUGAGCCAUAGCACUAGGAUUUAGACUUAUGACCGUGGCUGUAGCCAUGAAAACAUCAGUCUAAAGACAUGGAUGCAGCCAUGCGCAUGGCUAGAGCCCGCUAAUAGGUGAUACGGCUGAUACGGCACUCUGAGCCAUCUCCGGCAUCAUCAUUCUCGACAAUCAGUAAUCGCUGACAACGUGAUGGAUGGUCCCCGACACAGCUUGCGUAGCAUGCAGGAGCGCAUCAUUCCCCGCCUGAUAAAGAUACAGGCAUCACUCGACCAUUCCCUCCACAUCAUUUGGUCAUGGCGACACGUGCUUUUGGGCGCAUGAAAUCCUCGGGGCUCCCGCUCGGCUACGGUCUCUUUCGCGCGCUGCUGGCGCAUGAAAUUUGCCUGUUGACAGUGAGCAUCACGGCGAUUUCUGCAAACAUCACUCGGUCAAUCCCGCCUCUCUCCGCACGUGCUUUCGGCGCAUCAAGUCCUCGGGUUCCCGCUCGGCGAUUGUUUCUCUCAUGUGCUGCUGGCGCAUCAAGUCGACAGUGAUCUUUUGCGCGCAGCUGGCACAUCAAAUCCGCCGGUUGAUAUUGAUCUCUUUCGCGCGCUUCUUGCGCAUCAGAGCGCAUGCGCAUCAAGAAGUCGCGCGACCCGAGCGACGCGUCCCGCCCCAGCGCCGACUGACAGAUUUCACCAUAGGGAAUCCAGUUAGCAACGAUACUGAUCAGAUUACAUCAAUGAUACUGAUUAGAUUACCUCUCUACCAG